AUGUACGGGUGCUACGAAUGUAACGCCUGCGGGAAGGAAUUCGGCAGCGAGCGAGCCAUGGAACAGCACAUGGACGCCAAGGGGCACUGGCCGGUCGAGUGUGACCUGUGCUACGACACCUUUGCCGACAAGGAAGACUGCCAGGCGCACGAGUAUAGUUGUCACAAUCACUGUUCCGAUUGCAGCCGCACCUUUCAGAAUUAUAAUAACUUGCGUAUGCACCUCAACUCGAGCCGCCACAGAGGCGGCAGCGUCACCUGCCCCUUUUGCAAAAAGAGCCUGACCACCGCCACCGGCCUCGCGCACCACCUCGAGAUGAAUGCGUGCCCCAAGACGACCACCAACCGCGAAUCCAUCUACCGCUACGUGCGCAGCAAGGAUCCCAACGGCACCAUCUCCAAGAAGCUGCUUGAGUGGGACGGCGACGCCAAGUACGAAGCCUCGGAUCGCACCUGGAACGGCUACGCCUACGACUGCUACCUCUGCACCCGCGACUUUAAAACUCUGCCUGCCUUGAACCAGCAUCUGAAUUCUGCAGCUCACCAGCAGUCGCUGUAUCAUUGCCCUAGCCCGGGCUGCCGCGACUUCACGACGCUGGCGGGCAUCAUUAAUCACUUAGAGAGUGAGACGUGCGGCGUCGCCCGCUUCGGUGACGUGCAGUCAAGCGUCACAAGGAUGAUUGGCGGCGGCGGCCUCUUGUGCCUCUAG